AUAUUUACGGCCAUCUAGAGAGCUUCCCCCAUCACCAUCCUUCCUGCUCCUUCCGAUUAGAUCCAUAGAUGAACGGCGCAUUAGGUAACUCAUCCGCAUCCGUUAACAACGGUGGCGGCGGAGAUGGAGCAGGAGGACCGGCACCUUUCUUGGUAAAGACGUACGAGAUGGUAGAUGAUUCGUCGACGGAUGAGAUUGUAUCGUGGAGCUCCAACAACAACAGCUUCAUCGUCUGGAACCACGCGGAGUUUUCACGCCUCCUUCUCCCUUCCUACUUCAAGCACAACAACUUCUCUUCCUUCAUCCGUCAGCUCAAUACCUAUGGAUUCCGGAAGAUUGAUCCGGAGAGGUGGGAGUUUUCAAAUGAUGAUUUUAUCAAAGAUGAGAAGCAUCUUCUCAAGAAUAUCCACAGGAGAAAGCCUAUCCACAGCCACAGUCACCCACCUGUUUCGUCCGUGGAUCAAGAAAGAGCCGCUCUGCAAGAGCAGAUGGACAAGCUUUCACGUGAAAAAGCCGCCAUCGAAGCUAAGCUUUUGAAGUUCAAACAGCACAAGUCAACAGCAAAGCAUAACCUAGACGAAAUGGCUGAACACGUUGACCAUAUGGAGAAGAGGCAGGAGAAGCUGAUGAGUUUUCUGGAGACGGCGAUGCGGAAUCCCACUUUUAUCAAGAACUUUGGCCGUAAAGUCGAGGAGCUGGAUGUUUCAGCUUACAGCAAAAAGCGAAGGCUCCCUCAAGUUGAGCAAUCAAAGCCGCCUUCUGAAGAUUCCCAUUUGGAUGAUAAUAGCAGUGGUAGCUCGAGACCUGAGUCUGGAAACAUUUUCCAUCAAAACUUCUCUAGUAAAUUGAGAUUAGAGCUUUCUCCAGCCGUUUCGGAUAUGAACAUGGUUUCACACAGCAUACAAAGCUCCAAUGAAGGAGCGAGUCCCAAGGGUAGUGAUCCAAAAACUACACAAACAAGAAGAGAAGGUUUACCGUUUGCACCUGAAGCACUAGAGCUUGCGGAUACCGGGUCAUGCCCUGGGAUAUUACUGUUAAAUGACAAAACAAUAAUGGAGCCCUUGCAGCAGAUGAUAACUUCUUCAGAGGAGACUGACGGUAGCUUUUCAUGUCAUUUAAACCUUACCUUGGCUUCUGCUCCAUUACCAGACAAGACAGCUUCGCAGAUAGCUAAGACGACUCAUAAAAGUCAAGAGACUGGAAGAGUUACUGAGUUAAACUUUAACUCAAUAGAAACAAGUGCAGCAAGUGAGAAAAACCGAGGUCAACAAGAAGUUGCAGCUGGAGGAGGUAAACAAGCAAAUGCAGCACCUCCGGCUAGGGUGAAUGAUGUAUUCUGGGAACAGUUCCUAACAGAAAGGCCAGGGUCUUCAGAUAACGAGGAGGCAAGCUCCACUUAUAGAGAAAACCCAUGUGAAGAGCCAGAGGAGAAAAGAAACGGGCAUGUGAUGUCACGUAAUACAAAGAAUAUCGAGCAGCUGACCCUGUAACGAAACAAGACCGGUCAUAUCAACGAUAAUAGUCUGUGGUACUGGUAAGUAUUGAAACAUUGGACUGAAACAGCGUCUAAAGAGUAAGUAGCCUUGCAUAAACGUAUGUAUCCUCACCUUUUUUGUUUGUUUCGACACUUGUAAUUGACUGUAGAUUUAAGAAAUAUUGACUUAUUAGUUUUGUAACA